AUCUUACAGAAAGGGGAUUGAUUAAUCAUGAGAGAGAUCUUACACAUUCAGGGAGGCCAAUGCGGCAAUCAAAUUGGCUCCAAAUUCUGGGAAGUUAUCUGCGACGAGCACGGCAUUGACUCCACCGGCCGUUACAAGGGCGGCGACGCCGGCAGCGGCGCCGGCGAUCUCCAGCUCGAGCGCAUCAAUGUGUAUUUCAAUGAGGCUUCCGGUGGCCGGUACGUGCCGCGUGCCGUCCUUAUGGAUCUCGAGCCUGGUACGAUGGAUAGCAUUCGAUCGGGACCGUUCGGCCAGAUCUUCAGACCGGAUAACUUUGUCUUCGGACAGAACGGUGCGGGGAAUAACUGGGCCAAGGGACAUUACACCGAAGGCGCUGAGCUCAUCGAUUCCGUUCUCGAUGUUGUGCGUAAGGAGGCUGAGAAUUGUGACUGUAUGCAAGGUUUCCAGGUUUGUCACUCACUUGGAGGAGGCACAGGUUCUGGGAUGGGAACUCUCUUGAUUUCGAAGAUAAGGGAGGAUUAUCCUGAUAGAAUGAUGCUCACCUUCUCUGUUUUCCCAUCACCUAAAGUCUCUGACACUGUUGUUGAGCCAUACAAUGCCACACUCUCAGUUCAUCAGUUGGUGGAGAAUGCAGAUGAAUGCAUGGUCCUUGAUAAUGAAGCUCUCUAUGAUAUCUGUUUCAGAACUUUGAAGCUCAGCACUCCAAGCUUUGGUGACCUGAACCAUUUGAUUUCUGCAACAAUGAGUGGAGUAACCUGCUGCUUGAGGUUCCCAGGGCAGUUGAACUCAGACCUCCGGAAGCUGGCAGUGAAUCUGAUCCCUUUCCCACGCCUCCAUUUCUUCAUGGUUGGCUUUGCGCCACUGACCUCCCGCGGAUCACAGCAAUACAUCUCUCUCACAGUCCCGGAGCUGACACAGCAAAUGUGGGACGCCAAGAACAUGAUGUGCGCCGCCGACCCUCGCCACGGCCGCUACCUGACCGCCUCCGCCAUGUUCCGAGGGAAGAUGAGCACCAAAGAGGUGGACGAACAGAUGAUCAAUGUCCAGAACAAGAACUCGUCCUACUUCGUCGAAUGGAUCCCCAACAACGUGAAGUCCAGCGUGUGUGACAUUCCCCCCACCGGGCUCAAGCUCGCGUCCACAUUCGUCGGCAACUCCACCUCCAUCCAGGAGAUGUUCAGGAGGGUGAGCGAGCAGUUCACCGCCAUGUUUAGGCGCAAGGCUUUCUUGCAUUGGUACACCGGUGAAGGAAUGGAUGAGAUGGAGUUCACUGAAGCCGAGAGCAAUAUGAAUGAUUUGGUUGCAGAGUACCAGCAAUACCAAGACGCCACUGUGGAUGACGAAGAGUAUGAGGACGGCGCCGACGACCACGACGACCUCUGAACAUCCACACCACCAUACAUUAUUGUUGUUUUAUCCUUGUUUGUUUUCUGUAAUGUGAACUCUGUUUCCUCUUUCUCCUUUCAUUUUCAUUAACGUUUUUUCUUAUUGUCUCAUCAAAUUGUAAUUUCAUCUCUUGAUUUCUGUUGGAAAAUGUUAUAUGUACUCCAUUUUGUA